ACUUGCUUGUAACAGGAGAUGGACCAGUUGAACCGUCUCAACGGAGAGCUGGAACGACUGGAGAGCGAGGUUCAGCGGUUCCGGUCAAACUGCGCGGCGCUGCACAGCUAUCAGGCUGCCUACCUGGUGGUCUGCCAGGCGUUCAUGAACAUGGCUGGCGCUGGUGCUGCACAGCCGCAGGUCGGCGACUCGCUCGAUCGUCACAUGCUAGAGUCGGUCUCGCUUCCGCCGCUGUGAUCGGACCAAGCCACCCCCCCUUCUCAUGCCGGAGCCGCACCGAUCGAUGCAAACCGCUGCUCGCUGCUCGUCAUGGUCUUGGUCUGGAGCCGGACUUUGCAGCAGACGCUUGAGCGGGGGUUUGGGGCAAGAAUGUGUACUGGCAUGAGAUAGACUCGGAGGGAGAGAGAGAGCUGCCGGUUGCCGGCUACGUGAUCCAGUUGCGGCAGUGGCAACGAUAGUGAGAGUGCUGACGUUGGCGAUGACGGCGAUGUUGGCGCCGAUGGUAACAUACCUGUGUAGUAUGUG